UCCAAUGGUGGAGGAUGGAGCUCAGCUCGUGGCAGUGCCAGUAGGUGUUGCUGUGGUGAGUGUCUUCGGCCUCGUAUUCACUGUGUCAGCCUUUGCGUGGAUCUGUUGCCAGCGUAAAAACACCAAGUCCCAGAAGACACCUCCGUACAAGUUUGUGCACAUGCUCAAAGGAGUCGACAUUUACCCAGAGAGCCUCAGUGGCAAGAAAAAGUUUGCUGCGCCUCCCACCACAGCAGCUAACGACACCAGUAAAACAGAUGUCAAUGGAAACUGCCACACCGCGCCACCAGUGAAUGCAGCUGGCACAGACAAACUGGCAUCAAGCCCAAAUGGCUCCAGGCCAACUCUCCAUCUGGACCUGGAGAAACGGGAUCUGAAUGGCAACUUUACCACUAAACCAUUUCAUCACCACCAGAAGCUGCGGAGCUCCCCAGAUCUGGAGCUGCCUUCUCCCCAUGCAGGGUUCACCCAGCCUGGUGUGAUGGACCGCCGUGACCUGCCUUCACCAUCCAGUACUCUCUCCAGCCAAGCACCCACCCCGGCUGUGGACAGGCCCCAGGGGGAAGACAAGGAGGCUGGACUAGGGACCCUCCACUUUUCCCUUGAAUACCAGGAAGAGAGGAAGGCAUUCAUUGUUCAUAUCAAGGAAGCCCAUGGUCUGACUCCAACUGACGAGCAGUCGCUGACCUCUGACCCUUACAUCAAGCUGACCCUACUGCCGGAAAAAAAGCACAGGGUGAAGACCAGAGUCUUGCGAAAAACUCUAGACCCCACUUUUGAUGAGACCUUCAGCUUCUACGGCAUCUCACUUGCUCGUGUGUCAGAGUUGGCCCUUCACUUCAUGGUGCUGAGCUUUGACCGGUUCUCUCGUGAUGAAGUCAUCGGCGAGACCCUUGUUCCCUUGUCUGGGAUCGACUUGUCCGAGGGGCGUGUCCUCAUGAGCCGAGAGAUAAUCAAGAAAAAUGUCAAGAAAUCUUCAGGUCGUGGUGAGUUAUUGCUGUCCCUGUGUUACCAGUCCACCACCAACACUCUGACUGUAGUUGUUCUCAAAGCUCGCCACCUCCCCAAGACUGAAAACAAUGGACCUACAGAUCCAUAUGUCAAGGUGAACAUGUAUCAUGGAAAGAAACGCGUGUGCAAGAAGAAAACCCAUGUGAAGAAAAGCUCGCCUAACCCGGUGUUUAAUGAGCUCUUUGUCUUCGAUCUACCCUCCGAAGAGGGCCUGAGGGACACCAGCGUGGAGCUACUGCUGAUGGACUCAGACAUGGGCAACUCACGCUGCCCCAACACCGUCAUUGGGCGCCUUGUACUGGGCACAUCGGCGGCAGGUACUCCCGGGGAGCACUGGAGGGAGAUCUGCGACCACCCGCGUCGCCAGAUCGCCAAGUGGCAUGUCAUGUCAGAGGAUUAGAAAAUUGGGGUGUUGGUGGCUCCUGUCAUCCAUAUCUGAUCUGGUUCAACCACGAGAGGGACGGAAGGAGGAUGGGUGGGAUCCAACAUCCUGCUUGCCAGUAACCAGUGGACUUAAAAUGAGGGCGGGUUGAAU